GGGGCGGUGGCCCCUGGCCGGAACCGGAAGUGGACCCCGAGCCCCGAGGAGGAAGCGCCGACUGGCCCGUCCGCGGCGGCCGGGGUCUCGAGGGGCGGCGGCCGCCUGCUCGCGCGAGCCGGUCCGCGGCCGGCCGGCGGCCCCGGCGGAGCCAUGAAGCUGUACUGCCUGAGCGUCCUCUACAAAGGCGAGCCCAAGGCGGCGCUGCUCAAGGCCGCCUCCGACGUGUCGUCCUUCAGCUUCUUCCAGCGGUCCAGUGUUCAGGAGUUCAUGACCUUCACAAGCCAGCUGAUUGUGGAGCGCUCGGCGAAAGGCAGCAGAGCUUCUGUCAAAGAACAAGACUACCUGUGCCACGUUUACGUGCGCCACGACGGCCUGGCAGGCGUGGUCAUUGCCGACGGCGAGUAUCCCUCCCGGGUGGCCUUCACCUUGCUGGAGAAGGUGCUGGAUGAUUUCUCCAGGCAGGUCGACAGGACCGACUGGCCAGUUGGCUCCCCUGCUACCAUCAGCUACGCGGCACUGGACGGCUACCUGAGCACAUACCAGAAUCCCCGGGAGGCCGACCCCAUGAGUAAAGUGCAGGCUGAGCUAGACGAGACCAAGAUCAUCCUGCACAACACCAUGGAGUCCUUGCUGGAGCGCGGGGAGAAGAUCGACGACCUGGUGUCCAAGUCCGAAGUGCUGGGGAUCCACUCGAAAGCCUUCUACAAAACGGCCCGCAAGCAAAACUCGUGCUGUGCAGUCAUGUGACUGCAGCCCGCAGAGGCCCCCUCGAUGCAGAGUCCCUGCCAUUCACACCAGAACCGCAGCCCCCAGAAGCCUGGUGGCCACGGGAAGACCAAAGUGCAAACACCCACCAUCGGCUUUGAGCUCCUGGGAGGAGCCGAGGGCUGGUGGGCGGGACCUGGGGCGGGGCAUGUUCAAAUUCGUGUGUCUAGUAAUUUUUGAAAGACGACUUUAGGCCCCCGAGGUGUAUUUUUGGGCCAAAUGAAACCAUAAACACUCUGGACUCCUGCUGAGGCCAAAGGGGUCGUUUCUAACCCCGACGGCCCCGGGUCAGGGCCGGCUCUGCUGGUCCCAGCAGCCGUUGGGUUUUACUUGUUAACCGUGUCAGCACUUCAGUAAGGGGCUCCCGGUCCACAGGGCCGGGGGGUGCUGGGCAGGUGCACGCUUGGUUCUCCUGGGAAGCCACACAGGGCCGCUGGGGGUGGGGGUGGGCCAGCGAGUUGGGGCUGAGGCCAAGGGGAGACGGUCACUGGGCCUCACCAGUUCUGCAACGGUUUUCGUUUCUGCGGACGCUUCCACAGAGCUCCACAGAGAUGCCCUGGAGGUCUUUGCGGGGUGGGAGGGUGGGGGCAGGACACCUCACCCAACCUGCAGUUUGACCUCGAACAUCCGGAUCAUGGGUGUGUGCCUCUGAUGACAAGCCUGCCUUGGCAACCACCAGGGGCCUGCAUGUCUUAGCAAGUGGCUUUUCCUGUGGCCACUGCCAAUGGGCAUCAAGAGUAGGUGCCAGCCAACCCAAGGGCUCCCAAACCCCACCUGUGGUCAGGGGCCCGUCUCCCCACCCCGGCCUGACCCCCGCAGCAGGAAGAUGGGCUGCACAGCAGCCCAGGUGACAGCCACCCCUGUCCUGCCGGGUCCCAUGCUGCCUCUUCCUGCCCCGCUGGGCUGCCUGAGGACAAGGUGCGCCCUUAGGCUGGGCCCCAGGAAUCCCCUGCUGGGGUGGUUGCCUCUCUGGCCUCUUCCAUGGGGGCCUUUCCCUGACAUGCUGGUUCUUGCCUGACCCAAAGGCCCAUUCGUCCAGCAGGAAGUGCCGCAGCUCUGAAAUCUCUGCUUGGGCCAGGAAACAGGAUAUGGCUCCUGACCACCCUACCCCUGACAGGUUUACCUGCUGGCUGCUCUCAUCCUCUGGGUGCUGCUGGCCUGCCCGCCUCCAUGUAGCCAGUUUGUCCACGUGACUUCCCUCCUGGGCGGCGCAGGCCCCUCCUGCUCACCAGUGCCUGAGGGGGCUGUGGCACCACAUGGGUAGUUCAGGUCCUGGGUGAUGGGGAGGACGUGGGGUGCAGGCAGAGCUGGGGGAGGAGGGAGCAGGUGGGGGCCUGGCUUGGGCCCUGUGCCGUCUUGUCCCCUGUUCAUGUCAUUCUAAUGUUCAGUCAUCUGGCUAAGAGUGUAUUUUAGUAACUGCUGCCUAACUCUUCUCUGUCUUGUUCGACAAGUUCCUGUCUGGAUAAAGUUGUCUUUUGAAAUUCCAAAA